CACAACAGCUGCUCCACCACCCAUCCAGGCACCGGUUUAAAUGAAAACAAUUGAAUAAUAUACGGAGCGCACCAUGCUGAAUCUUUCUCUGGUGCUGCGAGUGCAAACCUCCAGGCCUCUGGCGACGGUUGCCACAGCCGCAGCAGUGAAAACAAAGCCAAAGGUGGCGAAACAACGGGACAAACCAAAGCCACUUAUCACAUGUGGUCGAACGCAGUACAAUCUGACGCAACACGAGCGUGCGGACGCCAAAUUCGGGACACUUGCUCUGGCGUCCAAGGGAUGGCUGCACAACAAGUCGAAGGGCGACCACUUCAUACUGAAUGCCAGCGUCAGUGGGAACCAGCUGCAACAAGAGAUGAAGAGCGUGACCGACUUUCUGGACAGUGGCCAAGUCGGGAAGCUCCAUCCGAAGCUACUGGAAAACCUGCAGAAUGAACUCGGCAUCAAUAUGCUAACGGGCAUUCAGGUGAAGGGCUUGCCCAUUGUCCACGGCGACUCCCACACACUGAUUGCAGCCGAAACGGGCUGCGGCAAGACCCUGACAUACAUGCUGCCCAUCCUGGACAGACUGCUGCAGCGGGAGAUCACGGAACGGAGCUUCAACACACCGCGAGCCUUGAUACUGACGCCGGGCCGCGAGCUGGCCACACAGAUUGCCCAGGUGGCCGAGAAACUCAGCCAGGGUACGGAUCUCAAGGUGAAGACUCUGCUGGGCGGCAGCACAAAGCAGCUGAUGAUGAACCCAGAGUUCCAAGAGGUCGACGUAUUGGUGGCGACACUGGGCGCGCUCAGCAAGCUGGUGACGACGGGCAUCUACCGCAUGGAGCAGGUGCGACAUGUGGUGCUGGACGAGGCGGACACACUGCUGGAUGACAGCUUCACCGACAAACUGACGUACUUCCUUAGGAGAUUCCCCUUCCACAUGGUACAAAAGCAGGAUGUCCGCACUGUGGGCACUCAGCUUGUCCUGGCCUCGGCCACAAUGCCCACAAACACACGCGAGAUUCUGGAGCGCGUCAUCGAUGUGGACACCAUUCAGGAGGUGGUGAGUCCGCAUCUGCACCACCUGAUGCCGCAUGUCACGCAAAAGUUCCUGCGCAUGUCCAAGGCAGAUCGGCCGGGCAAUCUGCUGACCCUGGUCAAGCAGGAUCUGGCCAAGCGGCGUCCGAUCAUUGUGUUUAGCAACAAAUCCGCCACCAGCGACUUUGUGGCCAUCUUCCUGAACAACAGUGGCGUCAACUGCCUCAACCUAAACGGCGACAUGCUCAUGAAGAUUCGCCUGGGCCGCUUCGAUCAGUUCCAAAGCGGACACUGUGACGUGCUCUCCACCACAGACGUGGGCAGUCGUGGGCUGGACACAACGAGGGCGCGUCAUGUGGUCAACUUUGACUUCCCCCUGCACAUUUCCGACUACAUUCAUCGCUGUGGACGCAUCGGUCGAGUGGGUAACACGGACAAGUCGCUGGUGUCCAACUUCAUCUCCUCCCGCCGCGAGAUCGAUGUUGUUCAGAGAAUAGAGCAUGCAGCACGCACCGGUGGAUUGCUGCCGGAUGUCAAUGCAAACAUUGCGAAUAUUAUCAAGAAACGAUUCAUGGCCGAAAUUAAGGCAGCGGGCAUGGAAGUGCCACCGCAGGCCCAAGAAGAGGCUUUCUAGUUUUAGUUUUAUCUC